CACCGUGAUAGAAAUUUAUAUUAAUGAUCAAAGUUUAACGGUUUUAAUAGCCGAAACCAAUUUUUCUCUUGAACGUCUUCCAGAACUUGGGGACAACAUAUAUGAAGCUAUCGAAUCAAUUCAUGAUUUAAAGUUAUAUUGUGUAUCAAUAUGUCAAUUAGGAACGUUGCCAAGAUUUUGGAAAAAUGGCAAAAAAUUAUUAAAUCCCAUGUUAUGUAAGAAAGCAUUUGAGUAUGGAAAAUUAAGUGUUAUGCAUGUUAAAAUGAAUGUUGCAGAUACUAUCAUUGAUCUUCCAAUUGGUGAGGAUAGUAUUACCGGUGUUUGGGGACCAAGUUCUUCAACGGCUAGGCAAGAACUUACUAAAGAAUUAUCAGUAAUACGUCGCCCACAAGUAACGAGAGUAGAGAUUCCUCAAGAAGUUAUAGACGAACGUUCCGGGUCUAACAUGUUAAAGUUUCGUAGUAUAGUCGAUGUCUUAUUAUGGAGAUGUCAGGCGUUGCCAGAUGAAGAUUCUUACAAAUUAAUAGAUCGUACUGGCAAAGAAACAAAAGUUCUUACUUGGAAAAAAUUAUCAAAUAAAAUUGCCACAGUAGCAAAUUAUUUACAGAAAAAAGGAUGUAAAGCGGGUGAUCAUGCA